AUGGCGCCCAUCCUCAACUUCCACGCCGGCUCGCUGCCGAGCUUUGCCCUCAGGCUCAAAGCAGACGACAACCUUGAGUCCCUCAAGUCUCGAGCUGCGAAGAAGAUCCGGCUGCAGCUCUCGGACGGCAUCCCCCUCGUCAUGAAGUACGGCUGGGGCGCUGAAAGCUACACCCUCGAGGACGGCGAUGACUUCGACAUCUUUCUCGAGCGCUUCGGAAACGAAAAAGAAGCCGAUCUCUACCUCGAAUCGCCCGAGAUUCCUUCGCGCAGUGCUGCUGAUUCGGAUGAUGGCACCAUCGAGCAGGCGCCCAAUGUCCCCGUCGUCGACGAGUCUACCUUGGUCCACAGGACGCCAGGUCGAGGCAAAGGCGGAGCAAUCAGCAUCCACCGCGUGCAGGCUCCCACGAUCGCAUCGGUCGAUGAAUUCACCGAGGCCGGCGGAGUCAGCGCCGGCGGCCGGGACUCGAUCCUCUACCCGCCUCCGCGCGAGCCAGCCGCUCAGCCUGGCUUCAGCAAGCCCGUCGUCCCCGAGUAUCCUUCGUCGACUUCGCAGCAGCAGUUCGACGCCGCCAGCGUCCGCACUAGCAAGACGAAAAAGACAACCCAGACGGCCGCCUCGAGCACACCGUCGCACAAGAUUGCCUUCCAGGAAUUCCACUCGCAGCUCGGCGUCCGCCUCCUCAAGGGCAGCAUCGGACCCGUUCAGGACGUUCCAAUGAUGCUCAAGUCGGGGUACCGACACGUCUACGUCAGCCGCAGCUUUGCUCUGACGCACGGAUUCAUCCCCAAAGAUACGACGCCCGGCACGUACGGCUUCAACGGCAUCACCAACCUCGGCAAGUGGCCCGUCCAGGUGGGCUCCAAGGCAGUCCCGUGCACCGUGAUGCUCGCCGAGGACAGCUACUUCCCCGUCAUCCUUGGCCGCAGCUUCAUGGAGAAGCGAGGCGUGCGCACCGAUCCCGUCGACAUGACCUCGGUCACCUUUAUGGACAAUGGCGAGCGCGCCGACGUGGAGGUCGUCGUGGUCCGCGACGAGCACGGCGAACCCGUUCCGAUCCCUUGA